AUCGAUUUCGAACAAACAAACAAUAGCAAGCAAUAAGCUCGAGUCCAUCGACAUCCUUGUCGUCGACAACCCCCACUUAUAUUCGAUAUGAGAGCAAGAUGUCAUCAUCCAAACGUCAAUCUAUCGUCCCGCGUGUCCAUUCUGGUCCUAAAGCGCCUGUCAAUUUCUCUCAAUCCAUAAUAAUAGCUGACUCGGCCCUUCUGACCGGAAACCACACGAUCAACAUUAGCUCCGAGUCUGUCGUCCAUCCUCGAGCAAAGCUAGACUCUUCCAAUGGACGGAUAACCAUUGGCCGAAGAUGUAUUGUCCAUGAACGAACAAGCAUCGGAGCAUUAUCCGCAGACCCAAGACCGAGCGAAACUCGUGACGGCGUAUUCAUUGGCGACUAUGCUACGAUCGAGGUUAGCGCCGUGGUCGAGUCUGGAGGCACCCAGAUUGGUGACGGAUGUUUGGUCGGUGUAGGAUGUAAGAUUGGAAAAGGGGCGAAACUCGGAAAGCAUUGCACCAUAACGCCGCAAAGCGUUGUGCAGCCCUUCGAGAUUAUCCCGAAUUUUACUGUUAUCUACUCGAACGGAACCAGACGAAUCGACAAACGCGGCGUAUCGGAGCUGAAAAAUAAGGCCCAGGCUCGUCAGAUCGAGAUAUUGAGGAAACUUAUACCCAGCAAUCCCAACAAAUUCUUGUCUUAAUGAGUGUUUCGAAUACCCGGCUGGCGUUUGUUCAAUUCGUAUACUGAUACCCAAUUCAAUAUAAAAUGU